CCUACUCUAUGGAAAUCCACGGGUUGGACAAGGCUGAUUUCGAUGCCAUCAUGCAAGAGCCGGUCUCUAGUCCCGAGAGGACUUCGAAACGACAGGUUUUGAGAAGCUUUGCUUCCAAGUUAAAGAAAAGCACCAGCAGAAGAGGGUCUCUAGGCGAGCGUUCUUUGAACCGGCGCAAGAGUCAGCUUCUGGAUGUUCCAUCUGUGGUUGUCGAACAUGAACCCAAUAUCCUUGCAGAAUGGGGCAGCAAACGAUCAUCCGAAUUGCCACGUCCAUCGAAAGAUUCGGUCGUCGGACAAUACUAUGUUGGUAGUAUCGCAAAACCAUCACACAAAUCACCCAGGUCGAGCCCAAAGCUACUGAGCCAUGACAAGCUUGUCAAUUAUUUUGCUGGAGCACCCGAAUUCGAGAUCAGAUCACUCAGGCCGAGAGUCAGCUAUCGAUGGAAGCUAGAUGAGGAGAGUGGUGAGCCGCAAGAUUUUGAAGAUGUCAGCCAUAGUACCUUCGAGGCCGCCACUUUGAGACGCCGUGAACGAACACGACAACUUCGAGACCUGGUUGCUGAAGACGCCGACAACCAGAUCCCUAUGAUGGAGGUGCCAAACAUGUUGAGCUUGAAUGGAGUAGAACCUGGAACGACUGGAUUAGAAUACUUCUUGCAGAUGCCUCUAGCGGACAGUAAGCGCUGUGCUGAAGACGAAGACGAAGCCUUCAGGUCUAAAAGACAACUACUGGCUACAUCACCUGAACGUCUAGAGCUCAGACCGCUCGACGUUCAGUACUUGAUUCAAAGAUUGGGAGAAAUCGGUGAUAGUCGACACUCUAGGUCUAACGACGAACACCGCGAGCGAAAGCGCGACGAACAAAGUGUCGCCGACCUUCACACAAAACUGUUCUCCAACUUGCUUACAGAGCCUGAGAGGGAAGAAGAUGAUGAUCAAUUCACGAGUCUUGAAGGUCAGGUUGUGGCGCUCGCCAGAGUUCUCGUGACAACUAAACUAUGGUACGAUUUCAGUUUGGUGGAACAUCGUAUUCGACUGGGCCAGAUCUUGUGGCCGUCUACAGAGUAUGAUGAAGAUUCUGUGGUCAACGUCGAAGAGCCGAUAACACCCAGCGAACGUGACAUUCUGCUCCUACAGAUCGCUUUGGCUUGCGAGCUGUUGAUCCGCGUCGAGCUUUCUGGCUUUCCCACAUCUGGUUUUUCGCGCAAACUACGAUGGGAUCUUGUUUUGGCACAACGCUUCCUCGACAAUGUUCGCAUUGAACCGAAGGCGACGGUGGACGAUGAGAUCUCAAACCGCAAUAGCGUUAUGUCAAUUGCUACUUUUGUGACAGCAAGGGAAGAUUUGGAAGCAAAUCGUGUGGAGCCAAUCAUGUAUCCGAGGCACGAGAAGAGGCAAGUGGCUGGUUUGCUGAAAUUCGCAGAGGUCUUGGCCUGGCCACAUGCAGAGGAGAUACAGGAUCGCUUUGCUGAGAGAGUAAGGAGGCACUCGCGUGACGCAAGCAGGUAUGGUGCUUAUGGUGCACCCCUGGGUACGCCAAACCAACCUCCUGGACAGAGCAACUACUUUGCCCAACAGAACCGGCCGCAGAUGAGUCGUGCAUGUACAGCACAAUCACUACAACUCCUGCCAGCUUCAGCAUACGGCGCUGACACUUUUGACCUCGGCGGCUGGCUUUCGAGGUCCUGGUUGACGGGCUUCGUGCUUCCAGGUGAAUCCACUUCACACCUGCUCAUCUCGACAUUGCUGGAAAACUCGCCCGCAGCGGUCGCUGCAUUAGGCGAUGCGGCUAACCUGUACCAAGGCUUCGUCUACAAGUCACGUAGCUACUGGAGCAAGAGCUGUGUCGUGGGUAGAGUCAUCGCAGCUGCAAACGGAGCGGCUGACUGUAUGGGCUGGAUCUCUUGCAGCAGUGCACCCGUUGGCCAACAGGAUGGAUGGGUAAAUCUCGAAGUCAAGGAUCUGCCAGGCUCUACCAGCGAACCCAACACAAAUUUAGCAGCUGACUCGGCAUUUGUGCCUGGCGAGAAAGAUUCUGUUACGGACGUUGAGUUCACCUGGCCUGUCGACGGCUUUGCAGUACUAGGGAACGAAGCACAGUACCUUGGAUUCAGUCUGCUCCCCACAGGCACUAGUUUUGAACUCAGCGCUACACCCUCAGACAGUCUUUCAAAAGACAGCGACGCACAUCUAGCACCCGUCCCUACUGCAGUCGCUUGCUUUGAGUUCGGCACGAAGCGCAGCUCCCGACCAGUAAAAGUGACACUACCGCUCCUCUACGACGUCCACUUCAUCUCUGCAACCCCCUGUUUCCCGAAUAUCUCGAGACCGCCAUCGCCAGUCACGAAAACAUCAUCGACAAAAUCUCGCUCGGGCUCGAACAAGGAGUUGCCAUCGCCGCCAACCCAUCCUCUACACUGCUCUUAUGCUGUUGAGGUCAUCCCUGCAGCGACCAUCCUGGCAAAUGACUUUACAGACACCGUGCAUCUGGGUAAUGAGACUGUGGUCUUGGACUGCAGAGGCACUGGAGAACUGCAAUUGUUAGCCAGAGCCUGGUGCGCCAAGAUUGGUGAGAACGCUGUUGUGGGUAGAGUUGGCAAGACGUGCUUGGGAUGUUGUGUCAGAGAGGCAAAUGGAUUGGGUGUCAAAGUCGUUAUUAGAGUC